AUGUUUCCUCGUCGAUUCCGGCGCAUCGCCGCCAUCACCUCCGUCCUUUGUCUCUUCCUCCUCUACCACUUCGCCGGCCUUCGAUCGAGCUUCCACCCUACCGCUACCCAUGGCCGCCGUCGAGUCGAAUGCCCGCCCCUCCCGGGCAUGGAAGACGUGCUGGUCGUGUUGAAAACAGGCGUCACCGAGGCAUUGGACAAGGUCCCGGUGCACUUCCAGACCACCCUGCGCUGCGUCCCGAAUUAUGUGAUCUUUUCCGACUUUGAGGAGGAAAUCAACGGUAUUAAAGUGCACGAUGCCUUCCGGAACAUGGAUCCCGACGUGAAAGGGACCGUCCCCGACUUCAGCAUCUACAACCGCCUCGUACAGAUGGGCCGAGCGGGCCUGGAAACUGGUGAUUUCGCCGAUGAGGCCAACUCUGCCAUCGGCAAGCCAAACAACCCUGGUUGGAAACUAGAUAAGUGGAAGUUUCUGCCUAUGGUUCAGGAAACACUCCGCUACAAGGACGACGCAAAAUGGUACGUCUUCAUGGAAGCGGACACGUAUUACUCAUGGGGGACGUUGCUCGAAUGGCUCUCGCACUUUGAUGCGUCCAAGCCGUGGUACAUCGGCACUGAGACCCAGAUUGCCGAUGUCAUUUUCGCCCACGGCGGCUCGGGCUUCGCCAUCUCGAAUCCGGCCAUGCAGCGAGUCGCAAAGCAGUACACAGAGCGCAACGUCGAGCUGAACGAGUACACGGAUGCUCACUGGGCUGGAGACUGCGUCUUGGGCAAAGUGUUGGCCGACGUCGGUGUGCCAUUGCACUUUUCCUGGCCGAUCCUACAGAACACCAACAUCGGUGAACUAGAUGAGUUUACGGCCGCAUUCUACCGUCGGCCCUGGUGUUUCCCCGCUGUCGCAUUCCACCAUCUGAGCGCACGCGACGUCCAAGAUCUAUUCAAUUUCGAACAACGCCGAUGGCGCGAGAAACAAACCACUCUUCUCCUCCACAGCGACGCCUUCAAAGAACUCAUCUACCCAAACCUCUCAUCAUACCGCGACAACUGGGACAACCUCUCCGACGAAGAACACUCGGAAAUUACCACCUUCGACGAAUGUCAAUCUCUCUGUAAGGAUAAACCCGACUGUGCACAAUUCUCAUUCCGCUCUGGAUCCUGUUUCACCGGCAAGACACCCAAACUGGGCACGGCUAGCUCGGGGGCCCGGUCCGGGUGGGCUAUGAAGAAGAUCGAGGAGAUGAUGCACGAGGCGCCCGUUUGUUCGAGUGUGGAGUGGGGUGCGGCCUGA